UACAGCCUGAUUGCUCCCAAUCAAGCCAUACCCUUCCUUUCCAGCGAUCUAUCUGUCUGCCUAAACACCACGCUACUUGACAUCUUCCGCGCGUGAGGUUGCUUCUUCGUGGUUCGCUUCGCAUACAUCAAUUUUUGUGCCGGGUGGGAUACAUUCGCCUUCGAAGCCAACAUGCAACGCAGCUUAGACGAUCGUACAAGCGGAAAGACAGAAGAAAUAUAUCGCGAGGAAAUCGGGCGAUGGAAAGCAAUCGACAUGAGAUUACGAGGGGCACGAGGUCAAAUCCCACCAGAACCGCCCACAAAGUUAUCAAGACCAGAUUUGUCCUUCCUCAAUGACGACCAACAUGAUCAGAAAAGUCUGCCUGUUGCGGUUUCAAGAGAGCAGCUCAACUCUCGUCACACCAAUCAACAAUCAUUUCAAACUGAUGAAGAUGUAUCACGGGCGCAUUUUGAGGCUUAUUCUGCAAGAGAGCAAAGUAAGCAAAAAAUCCGAGAGCUUUGGAAGACGCAAAGACCCGACGUAAUCGAAGAAGACAAGGCAUCUGCGGAGACGAGACGUGCCCAGUUCUUCCUAGAUCUAGAACGGGCGCAAAAAGAAUUCGACCUUUGGGAUGACCGGGUGAUGCAGAUCUCUCUAGCGACAGGUCGUAGAAGGUUCUUUCAGCCACACACGCAUCCAACCAAAAACCAUUUAUCGAAUCGAUUCAACUUGAUGCCCUCACAACCAGAAUCCAAGCCACAGAGCCCGCCACUCGUCAUACGAGAACCCUUACCAGUUCCAAAACGAGAAGUGUUACGGAGAAAACACAGCAUGGAAUCUGAGAAAGAACCCCGCACCAGCAAACCAUCCCCUACCGUGGAUGUCCAGGUCAAUCCCAAGGCUCGCCGAGAUGUCACGUUGCACUUGGACUUGGAUGUAACUCAAGAUGUAGAAGAAGAGCUCGAAGAGUUCUCAAAACUCAGAAGGAUAGGACACUUUAAUGCGGCAAAGCGAUAUUUCGAGGAGCAUCUUGAACGCUGCAUCGACAACGCAUACGUCUUGGAUCAAUAUGGUCAAUUUUUGCUGGAGAUUUCAGACAUUCAUACGCUCACCAAAUUGGCGAGGGAGUACCCGCCAGGAGAUUUAGAGAAGGCUGCAUCAGCCAACUGGUUUCUGGUUCGUGAACGAGCCCAUCAGUUUGAUGAUGAGGUUUGUCCGCGAGGUGGAUGGCAAAAGACGCCAAACCUUCGGAAAUUGCUUCAAAACUGGCCAAAGCUGGACUCUACAGAAUUGCAAUGUCUCAUCAACGACCUGCGUGUUGUCAAACACGCAGGCGCAACGGAGGGACACAACGCAGACGAAUAUGGCGAGCUUUAUGCACAUCUCCAGCAUGAAGACCGCAUUUGGGACUUCAGAGACUUGUGUUACGGGCUUCUGGCCGUCAAAUCGCUAGAGGAAACGAUUCAUUGCCUUUUCAGCAGAUAUUUGUCCUCACAGAACGAGAAUGCACCCGAGGUUACCCAAGUGAUUCAACAGCACUGGGAAGGCUCUGCUGGAGACGAAGUGACAUCCUUAGCCUUGCUGGAUAUCUUCACAGCGUUCACCAUGUGGGCCCUGGACGCUGCCAACAGUCGGUAUGAAACUUCACUAGACGACUCCGAGGAGCUUCAAACCGCCAAAACGUACCUCAAGAUUGCCCAACACUACGCCACUGGAGUCCUACGCCAAAACCCUCUCAAUCUGAAGUCUCGACCCUACCUUCAGUGGGUUGUUGCCAAAGUCCUAGUGGAGAAGAACACCGAUACAGCUCGCUGCGGACAAGCUACCCUUGUGAAGUAUUUAUCCAAUUUGCGAGGGGAAUCUAAGGUCAGCUCAGGGGCGUUUCGUGGACUGCUUUCUUUUCAGGACGAUGUUUACUACACGCCAAACCAAGACGAGGCUCCGGAUUGGCAGCCAGAUUCUUCCAUCGCAUUUUCCUACGAGCAGGAGAAAGCUAUCCUCAUGGUCGUGAGGAAUGCGAGAGAGCUUGGCGACGUCAUGUUGGAAGCAGCUUGUCUACAACAGCUGAAAUAUUCAUCCCCGAAUCCCGAGGCGCACCUAGUCGAUUUGUGCAACUUGUGGCGCUCCGUGGGGAAUCGGUCGGGUCUGCUGAGAGCCUAUUUUUAUCGUUACAUUUUGAAGCGAUCACCAGGCGUCAGCAAUGAUCUGCGAAGCAACCUCUUAGAGUUUGGAGAUGCUGAGUGUAAUGUCGACUUGCAGAAAACUCGAUUUAUGAUUCUUCGGGCACUGUCGAACAGGUCAUACGAAAAGACGGUGUAUCUCAAAAGAGCACGAGACCUAGAAGAUGAACCAGGUCGCCUUCCGUAUGACAGGGGCCAGCCACAGCCGUCUAUAUACGCUGGAACAAAAUACUCGGCUAAGAAUAGCAGUCGGCAAGCAAGCUUUCACUCCGUAAGAUCUUCCUCGGACUGGACUGAGCUCAGCGAUGACAACGACCGGCCUAUGAGAAGCCAGAGUCCAAGCCUGCAUAACGUCGAAAGGCCAAUGCUGAACAAGGAAGAAACUUCUCUGGAGAACGAACGGAAGUGGUUGAAGGAGCAGGAUUCAACUAGACGGAUGCUGGCUGAUCAUGCUGACUCGAUGGCCCAACAGCCUGAGACAAACAGCUUCCUCGUAAGGGGUGACUCGAUGGAAACGAGCAAGGGCCCUGAAGCGCUUCUUGAAGAAAAGAAUAUUCUUAACUCCGACAGUCAAAGGACGACGAAAGGGUUCGGAGACGGGGAGGGCAUUAUCAACGUGGACAACGACGAGCAACGAUGCGGGAAAGAGAAAAUUGGUCAGUAAACUGCAUUUGACCUUGCUUUCGAAAUCUUGGUUAUCAAUAACCUAGCAUAAUUUGACGAAAGGUCCUCUAACAGUAUACUUAGAUAAUGCGGAUGUCGGUAAGCUUGAGGUUGAGGAUCUUGAACAUCAUGUUUUUGAUGAGGAGAGGAACCAUGAAGAUGUACAAAGUACAGGUUCGCAGGUUUGGAACCUUGAAUCUUCCAUCGAUUAGGCUCACUCAUGAGAAUCCGGAUGGCCCACGUCCGAGGUACCUUCGUUAGCCAACAUAUCCGGUAAUAAAGUAAAUUGCAAGAUUUGGAAAAGCUAGGGGGAUAAAACAGAUUGAUUCUCAUACGAUUCUAGUACCCUUCUAGCUUGCAGACCUAUUGUUUCAUAUGUUUGCGCUUACAUUAUCUAACACACUUGCCGGAC